UCUGUUUCAUUGUGUGUGCGUGUCUGUGUGUGUGUGUCUCUGAUUUGUGCAUGUCAAUGUCUUUAUUACUGUGUAAUGGAUGAGGUAGGGACCCGGAGUCCCCUGAGAGGGCCAGCCGGUAUAAAGCCAAUGAGCAUUGAACCACACGAAGGAAACACUCAGCCUCUCCGAGGACUGUGAACGGCCCGAACCACAAAGCUUUGCUUUGAUCAAGAGGACUGCUGUAAAGAGAACAGCAGACUGGCCAGGCAAACAGCGACAACCAGCCGGGAGAAUUUCACAGAGCAUCAAUCAGAAUCUCUGCCCCCCACCAGAGAUCUGGACUAUUACCUGUAUAGAAUGGAUGGGGUUCCUCAGGUGAGGCGCGCCCUCACUUUGCCACGCUGUGCCGAGACUAGGGGUUCCAGCUGCGCCAAAGCUCCCCAGGUCACUGGGGUCAAAGUUCAGCUGGAGAUGCAAGCCCUAUGGCAACAGUUUGACCAGCUUGGUACUGAGAUGAUCGUCACCAAGGCCGGCAGGAGAAUGUUCCCCACCUUCCAGGUACACAUCUCUGGCAUGGACCCGGCAGCGGACUACGUGUUGCUCAUGGACUUCAUCCCUGUGGAUGACAAGAGAUACAGAUAUGCCUUCCACAGUUCCUCUUGGUUGGUGGCGGCUCGGGCAGAUGUGGCUACCCCAGGGAGGAUGCACUUCCACCCAGACUCCCCGGCCAAAGGCUCCCAGUGGAUGAAACAGACCGUCUCCUUCGACGCACUCAAACUGACCAACAAUCUGCUGGAUGACAACGGACACAUGAUUCUGAACUCCAUGCACCGCUACCAGCCUCGAUUCCAUGUGGUUUACGUGGACCCGCGACAGGACAGCCAGCUUCAUGCCCACCGGAACUUCUGCACAUUCUCCUUUCCUGAAACGCGGUUCAUAGCCGUCACUGCCUACCAGAACCACAGGAUCACACAAUUGAAGAUAGCCAGUAACCCCUUUGCCAAGGGCUUCCGAACUACUGAUCCUGACGAGUGGGCAGGCAACACCAGGUCGAUGCCUCUAUCCCAAUCCACCUGGCAGCCACAGGAUGGCAGACAUGAGCCUGGCAGUGGGCUGGGAGAGCAGCCAACAGAGAACCAGAAGGCUCUAUCAAGAGAAGAAGAUCCCAAUGGCGUCUCCCUGUCAGCAAAUUACUGUGACCCGGUUCAGCAUGGCAGGCAAGACACCAGCAGUAGCAGUGACAAAAAGGAGGCGGAGAAUAAUCUUUUUCCAUCCUCGACUUUCAUCCCCUUUCCCACCCUCUGGGAAUGUCCAAGCAUGUCUGAUAGACUUCCAUUUCUUCCAUAGUUCCAUUACUACAGAUCUUCGCAGUCCACAUUCUCCUUCAACGUGAGACUCACUGGGAAGGUUUCAAAUGCACACUCCUAAGGAGACAAAGAGUAAGGAAAGCGAGUGUGAUAUCCAGUUCUCUCUUUCUCAUGAUUUCUUACUAUCUAAAUGAACAUGUUCUUUUGUGAGGUCAAUCAUUUAUCCUACUUUCUUCAGUGGAUUCGUCUUGAGCUUUUGAUUUUAAAUGUCACUUUUUGUAAAGAAGUAUAUGGAUAUGAAUGGCUCA